AUGCAAGAAGGGACGGUCAGCGUGAGAGGUGAGCAAGAGAUGGGGACUGAGAGCAGUGGACCGGACCAGAGGCGAUGGGUGUACACCCAUCCUUGCCUGCAGGGAGCCUCUUGUCUUAGCUUGCUGCGAGAGACAGGCAAUCUCAUUACUGAUGCAGCUCCAGAGCACACGCCUCCCGUGCCGGCAUUAUCGCACACAGAGUACCAUCCGCCCGAUUCCUGCCUGCUUUGUGGUUUGGAACCCCCGUCGCUACACUGCCCCUCCUGCGCCCAGUCUCUAUGUCCGGACUGUGAUCACCUCUUCCACAAACACCCAUCGCGGACGCAUCACCGGCGGGUGCCCUUGAAAGAGCAGGCGUGGCGGAGCACGAUGCCACCCAGCCUCUCUGCGGUGAACCCUGAGGCAGUGUCCUCGCAUCCACCCACAGACAGUUGGCGUAGCCUACAGACCCUUCCGCCAGCCCCACGCCCCGCCUGGUUUUGUGCCGCCUGCCGCACCCUCAACGAUGCCCGCUCUGUGCUGUGCGUGGCCUGCGACCGCCCCCGGGGAUGCAAGAUGCCCGCAAGCCUCAGUUCGGAGGAGCAGCUGGCCCGCGGGCACUGGUCCUGCCAGUCGUGCACCUUCGAAAACGAGGCAUCCACGGUGUUGUGCGCAGUGUGCGAGAGGCCCCGUCUGGCUGGGAAACCCGGCACUGGUGACGCCAAGCCCCUGGUCGCCUGGGGGGAGGCAACAGAGAAGCGGCAGGGAGAGCUCCCUGGUUGGCAAUGUGAGCACUGCACCUUCAGGAACCAUAACCCCGGCCGGGUGUGCGAAAUGUGCGACCGCACCAGCCAGAGAGGAGGUCACGAGCCCCCGUCGCUGUGCUCCAAGCCGGAGGGGGAGGAGAAGCCCAAAAAGGAUCCGGCCGAGAUCCAGGCGGAGCCCUUAAAGUGUCUGUCGAAGUCCCUCUCCCAAGAGGAGGUGGAGCAUCGGAGGCAGGAGAAACUGCGAGAGGACGGCCAGAAGAUGAUCGCCAUGAUCAGGGAAGCUGAAGUGGCCGGCGUGGCACCGGAGCUGGUGGCUGCCGCUCUACGCUACUCGGGGGCGGAGCUGCCUCUGGCGUGGCUGAAUUCGGAGCUCCCGUGCGUCCUGGAAGGGGUGGCGGAAAUGGCCACGCAGCGGGGGGAAGAGGAGCCAGGGGGCGGGCUGGGGGCCGUGACCUACCAGGAAGCCCAGACGGCCUGGAUGGAGAGUCAAGGAGACGUGGACGAAGCCGUCGGCCGAUGCCUGGUUGCUCGCCGCAGCAAGGUGCAGGAGCUGAAAGCCCUGGGCUUUGCGGAGCGGGGCCCCGUCCUCCAGGCCCUCUACCAGAACAAAGGCGACUUGUGGCAGGCCCUGGUGCAGCUGCAACGCCAGCGGCUGGAGCCCUUCCACCAGCGCCUGUGGGAGAGCGAAGAGCCCCCCUUCGACUUCCGCAGCCCCGACCGGCAGGCUCUACUGCGUCGCCUCCUGGCCUCUCUGUCCUUGCCGAGCUGGGGCCGGGCCGAGCUGGUCGUGUCGCUCAUGUUGGAGAAGCCGAGCGAAGGGGACUGGGAGCUGGCGGACAUCGUGGAGGCCGUGAAGGCGUCUCCCAGCCGGGACUUCAUCAAGCGCCUCUUGAGCUGGGAAUGCGCCGUCUGCAGCUGGACCCUGCCACGCAACAAGAUGCAGUCGCUGACGUCCUGCGAAUGUACGAUAUGCCCCGACUGCUUCACCCAGCACUUCACGAUCGCCGUGAAAGAGAAACACAUCACGGACUUGGUGUGUCCGGCUUGCUCCGAGCCAGAGAUCAGCGACGAAGGGGAACUCCUCAGCUACUUCUCCACGCUCGACAUCCAGCUUCGGGGGUGCCUGGACACAGAGACAUACGAGCUCUUCCACAAGAAACUGACUGAGAGGGUGCUGAUGCGGGACCCCAAAUUUCAGUGGUGCACGCAUUGUUCCUUUGGAUUCAUCUACGAGUCGGAGCAGCUGGAGGCGAAAUGUCCGCAGUGCCGCAAAAGCUUCUGCGUCCUGUGCAGGCGCCCGUGGGAACCACAGCACCAAGGGCUGUCUUGCGAAGGGUUCCAGGAAUGGAAGCGGACCAACGAUCCCGAGUACCAGGCUCAGGGCUUGGCUGCGUACCUGCAAGAGAAUGGGAUUGCCUGCCCCAAUUGCAAGUUCUCGUAUGCCUUGGCCCGGGGGGGCUGCAUGCACUUCCAUUGUACCCAGUGCCGGCAUCAUUUCUGCAGCGGCUGCUACAGUGUCUUCCACGCUAAGAACAAAUGCCCACUCCACGGCUGCCCCAUCAAGCGGUCCCUCCACGCCCACCACCCUCGAGACUGCCUCUUCUACCUCCGUGACUGGGACGUGGCUCACCUGCAGCGACUCUUACAGGACAAAGGAAUUUUGUUCAACACUGAUCCACCAGCUGGAACCCGUGCUACCACUGGAGGUGGGUGCCAGGUGAUGGAGCAGAAGGAGACCAGGGCGGGGUUGAAGGACGAACCUUGUGGGAAAGAGACCCAAGCUGGAUACGCUGGACUUUGCCAGGCCCACUACAAGGAGUACCUGGUCAGCCUCAUCAACAGCCACUCCCUAGACCCGGCCGUCCUGUACAGUCUGCAGGAAGUCGAGCUCGUCUGGCAACGCCACCUGCCUGCCACUCAGCUGCCGCCACGGGGGCCUGCCGAGGAGGAUGAAACUUACGCCGGGCGCUUGAUCCAGAAGCUAAUGGACGAGGUGGCUCUGGGGCCGAAAAUCCCACGCAGACCGAAGCAGCCGGAUGCACGAGGCCUCCACUAGCCCCGACGGAGGGGGACGCUGAACAGAGUCUACCUUGCGAUGGAGUUUUGCGUGGGAGGGUGGUCGUUUCUUGAGGGGAGGGAGUGUUCAUAUUUUGGAGUGCCUUUAUCUUUGGGAGUCCAAGAUGCAAUUUGAUGACUCUCUUAUCUACUGGGUGGAAGCUAAUACAGGAGGAGUCCAAACAGAUGAAUUCUGCCUCCCCUAGAAUUACAAAUUGUUUUUCUCUGCCCUGGCCCCUUUCCCAGCAAGGAUCCCUACCACCUUUGGGGAGAGGCGGGGAGGAAAGAGGCCAGCUCCUAUUUUCAGAUCUCCCAUUUACACGUGCGUAAACCCUCUCCCCCUCCCCAGACACCUGUGCUAAGUGGCUUGAAAAACAAUCUGGAAAAACCUUGUGGGAAUGGACACCUAAUGGGACGAUUUUAACUUUUACACAAGCCUGUUCUGGAAGGGUUUAAAGAAUGUACUUUCUGGGUAUUAUGAGAAUGAUUUUACAGGAAAUGGGAGGCUUCUGAAAAUUAUUCGGCGAUCCGGCCGAAAAUUACAUGCCAUGUUCCGGGUUCUCCUAACUCCUUACUUUUCCUGUGCCUUUUAAUAUUUUACCUGCUCCGUAAUAUUCACCUGUGAUCUUUGGGGAAUGCAAAUCCCCCAGUAAAUCAUUCUCUGAUUUUAACAAUCA